AUACGGCCCGCGCCCCGCAGCGCUCCGGCCCGGCCCGCGGCCGCCGGGGGUGCGAGAUGGCCGCUGAUGGGAGCUGCGGGAUCCUGGGGCUGUGGCUGCUGGCGGCGGCGGCGGCCGGGCUGUGCGGCGGAGCGGCGGCGGGCAAGUCCCCCAGCUGCCACGAAGUGCGGACGGCAUUUCAGCUGCGGCAGAUCGGGCCCCUCAAGCUGGUCCCCGACGUGCCCACGACCGAGUCGGAUUUACAGAUCUGUCAGCACAGAGCACCAACGUGUUGCACCAGAAAAAUGGAAGAAAGCUACCAGGCAGCUGUUCGAAGGGAGAGGACUCAAAGUAUCCAGACACUGAACUUUGAACUGAAGUACAUGAUUGUUGGUCACAUCACAGCGUUUCAAGAGGCCUUUGAGUCUUUGCUUCGCUUCGCUGAAAACCACACGAGUUCCCUGUUUGAGACAGCUUACAGACCUAUGGCAAAAGAAGCAGCAGAGCCUGUUAAAGAACUUUUUACAGACAUCUCUCUCUACAUUCUGGGUGCAGAGACUACAGUGGAAAGUGCAGUAUUACGGUUCUUUGACAGUCUCUUUCCUCUGGUGUAUAGCCGGCUAAUAAACCCAGGAAUUACAGAUUUAUCAGAGGACUAUACAGAGUGUCUGCGGCUUACAAGGCAAGACAUAAAUCCUUUUGGACACUAUUCUAAGAACGUGGUUACAGAGCUGUCAAAAUCUCUUUGGGCAAGUCGGAUGCUCAGCCAGGCCCUCAGUCUGGGUAUUGAAGUGAUAAAUACUACUGAACACGCGGCUCUCACGAAGGAAUGUAGCAAAGCUUUAGUGAAGAUGCAGUACUGCCCGCACUGCCAGGGCCUGACGCUCAUCAGGCCCUGUGUUGGAUAUUGUCUGAAUGUAAUGAGGGGCUGUUUGGCCAGUGUCUCAGAACUGGAUGCACAAUGGAGGGAGUAUAUCUCCACGCUGGAGUAUCUGACUAAUGAAAUGGCUGCCUCACAUGAUCUGGAAAUUGCACUGAUGGGAAUCCGGAACUCCAUCAAUGAAGCGAUCCUGCAUGCACAGUUGAACGGACCGCAGCUCUCCGCUACAGUUGAUAAAGUGUGUGGACAGCCCAGACAACAAGAAGGGAUCCUGUCUUCAGACAAUAUAGUGCCAGUGAAGGAAGUGACUGAAACUCAGCCGUUCGUGAUGGCUCAGACUAGUCUGAACAAUAAACGAAGUUCUCUGCCUCUGAAAGCUUCAAAGAAUGACAAAUCAAGAAGUUUGAAAAAAAUCUCUCGAGAGUUCAUCAACUACAUGAAGCGAUCCCGAACCUUUUAUGCCUCUAUAGCAGAAAGGCUGUGCGAUGGUGACCUGGUCAUGAGAGACAGCUCAACUUGCUGGAAUGGAGAAGAUGUUGUAGAAAGUUACACCAGCAGAGUUGUUUCCAAUGGACUGAAGGCACAGGUUAAUAAUCCAGAACUGAAAGUCAGAGGACUGGACCCACUCAUCAAUAAUUUGAUUGAUAAACUUCAGCACUUUAAUAAGCUGGAUGCUGAGAAGGCAAAAUUGAAACUGGAAAGAUGGGCUUCCCGGGAUGCCGGCAGUGGGGGCGGAAGAAGUGAAGAGAUGGAGUCAAGUGGGGAUUGUGAUGAUGAGGAUGGUUGUCAAGGAUCCGGUGACAGGAUUCUCACGGCAGAUAUACUCAAGGACAAGAAAACCCAUCCAGAAAACAGGAAUGAACCAAAACCAACUGUGAAAAAGAUUGACACCACAACCACCACAAGCACUGACAAGUCAUCCUCUAAACACAGUGUAACUGGAAAUGGGAGCAGUCCAGCCCUGAGUUCCUCACUCAUGAUUUUAUCCGCUCUAGCAGUUCUGUGGUGCUGUCCACCUUAGCUGUAUUGCAUUGCAGCCACUGCGUGAGCAGUUCUGUUCACUGUCAUUUAUACCUGCAGCCUUACCCAACAGAAAACAAACUUAAAUGGCUCUCUAGUGUGUGGGGUAUGUUAGAAGAAAUAUUAAAGGAUGUGGUGGAGUUGGCAGACACCAAGUGUCAUCCCUUACAAUGUCUGAAGAUAGCCUUUGACAAAGCCCACCCAAGACACAGAGGGAAUGAUGGCAAGGGUCUGAGUAGCUUAAGUUAUGGGGUAGAAAUAAUUGAAAACACAGAAAUUGUGUAUGUGUGUGUUACUGGUUUUCUCAGCUUUGUUUGCUGGUAUCUGACUAGCUGGAUUUGCUUAAUUUUUUUCAGAUAAAUUAUAAUGAAUGGUCAGACUUCAAACUCAAGCCAAUACGUACUUUCUGUUUUCUAGUGAACAGGUAACAAGCUGUGUCUACAGUGGUAAACUAUGUUGAAGUGAAGUACUCUCUACCAGCUUGAUGAAACUUCUGAGUGGUCAAGAAGAUCAAAGCAUGUUUGAAACUUCUUUUCACUCUUGCUGUUAGAUUGUAGGAAGCAACAUAAAAGCAUUUGGUGUGUCUAAUAUGUCAGUAGAGUUGCCUUAAAUAUGGGGAAAAAAAUUAGAACCACUUUGUUUACUGAGGGAUAUAGAUAGUGAGUUUCCAUGCCCCACAAAAUGCUCAAGGCUUACUGGAAAAAUGCCCAGCAAUGGGAAACUUCCAGUUGAGAGCAGCUCUGUACAGAGGGGGAAAAAAAAAAAGGUAAU